AUGGCGGAAACACCGCACCCUGAAGCAAGGUCGCUCUCAACGAUCAACGAUAUCGCAGCCAACCCCCCUCAAUACCCGCACCACCCGGGAGCCCGCGAGUCCUUAACAUUAUACAUCUCCCGUGUACCCGGGACAACCGAUAUUAUCUUAACCACUUCGCGGCCGCAAAAGAAGAACGUCACCGGCGAAGAUGUUAACAACUCACUGUACUAUAUACGCCUGGAUCCCCCGGAUGAAGGUCCCGUCGCCAGUCCGCCCUGGCGGGAUGACGGUGCCGUCCCUCGAUCUAGUAGCGACAGUAUCAGGGGGGCGAUUCCGAGAAAGCCGCUGCCCGCACAGUUAAUCCCUGAGCCCGAAACAACCGACCGUUUUAUGGCCGGCAACACCGCACAUCCAUUACCGCCUUCCCCGGCCGCUUGCUCGCCUGUGGAUGUUGUAACCCAUCUUCCGGCCCCUCCAACAUUACAGCAUCCCAUAACAGACACCCAAGUCCAAGGCUACCGAGAAAACCCAAUGUUUCGAAAGGGAAGAUCAGACGCUUUCCAAGAAACACCGGGACAGCUUCCUGGACCCGUUCCAACCGCUGCCCCGAUACACAGAAAACCGUUGGGCGCUACGCCGUCAACCGCAGCGGUAAUACCACCGUCAGCGGCACCCUAUUCGCAUGAUGCAGGCAACAUAUCCGGGGCCAAUGCUGCACAACCUCGCCCAGCGACGCCUACAAAGGCGGAUGCAUCCAACGCGAGGGUGGCUUCGCCAGGCUACUCUUCGCGGCAGCAGGGUAUAGUUGCAUCACCUGGGAAGGUGGGAGGUCGGCCUUCUUCGGUGUUGUUCUCACUCACCAUAAUCCGAAGAGAUCCAACGUCGGGUUCCCAAUGCAAUGUCGGCCGUAUCACGUCAUUCCAGACCAAUGUCCCGACCCCGGAACACGCUGAACCGUCGCUUGACCCCAACAACAUGGGGAACCUCCUCGCACAAGCGCAGAAGAUCAAUGUUCGGCUUGACACAUCCGGCUACGCAAAAUACCGCGACAUGCCCAGCAAAGCAGACAUAGAGGCGGCCAAGCCGCCCCCGGCAGGGUAUUCGUUUGCACAACAGAUAAUGAAGGCCGGCCAUGUAGAACUUGGGGAAGCAUCCGUGAAAACCCCGCCUCUGAAUCCGUCUCGGCAAGUUGCAGGAGUUGGCUUCACGCGCGACGUUGUUAUGACCUACGGCGCGAGCUUUUCGUCAAACUUCAAGAAGGCGUUCCAACGAAAAGAUCCGCCAGUAUCUGGGGGCCUCGCCGCAGAGGCAGGACUUGGGCCGCCCGAAAUUCUCACUUCGCCCACACCUCAGCACGCACGCCAUGGUAGCGCUUCGACGAUCGGAUCGGUCGACUCGGUCGACGGCAAACAAAGGGCGCUGUUGACCGCCACCGCCGCUCCGGGUAUGAGGCCGAAGGGUUAUGCGUUUUUGAGCCCGUGGGAUGGGAGAUGCGAAUUUCGGACGAGCGCCGACGGGCGAAGCCUCAAGUGCCGACACAUACUAGACAAUGCGAACACCAAAAUCGACCCCAGCGAACUUGCGAAUAGCAUCCGUGAUGCUCAUGCGAUGGGCCGUUCGCGCGGCGACGAGUUGACCUCUGCUUUGGUAGGCGCAAAGCCGGUCAGUGAAUUACGAUUUAGCUUGCCCCAUGGAAACUCCCACCGGAAGAAUCUGUCUGGCCAGUUCGGGAAAUUGCUGCAACCAAGGCGGUUAGGCAGCGACGACGAUUAUGGCGACGACGAAGGCUACAGUCCCGGGGAUGCUCCCGGUCCGAUGGAUCUGAGUUUGGGAAGGGAGCACGCGGGUGGGGGCGCAAGGGGCAAGCGGGCUAAGCUGGGGAAAUUGAUAAUUCACGAUGAGGGACUGAAGAUGCUGGAUUUGCUUUCUUUGGCUCGCGGACCUGUCGCCAUCUUUCGCACCAUCCCUUCCCAGGUGCUCGUGGCGAGGAGGGGUUAUGCAACACCAUCGGGUCCGCCCCCCAAGAACUUCCGCCUUAAGCCGCCCGUUGCGUGGGAUCAGGAAAAGGAGAGCACAUUCAACCGAGUCGGUAAAUAUUUCCUUUUGACGGAGAUGUUCCGAGGCAUGUACGUGCUGCUAGAGCAGUUCUUCCGGCCGCCGUACACGAUCUACUACCCCUUCGAAAAGGGCCCCAUUUCCCCUCGGUUUAGAGGUGAGCACGCCUUGCGGCGGUAUCCUUCUGGCGAGGAAAGGUGCAUCGCUUGCAAGCUUUGCGAGGCCAUUUGCCCUGCGCAGGCCAUCACUAUCGAAGCCGAGGAGCGUGCAGAUGGCUCCAGGAGGACGACUCGCUACGAUAUCGAUAUGACGAAGUGCAUCUAUUGUGGUUUCUGCCAAGAAUCAUGUCCCGUAGAUGCUAUUGUUGAGUCCCCCAACGCAGAAUAUGCGACGGAGACCCGGGAAGAACUCCUCUACAACAAGGAGAAACUCUUGUCCAACGGCGACAAGUGGGAGCCUGAACUGGCGGCAGCAAUUAGGGCCGACGCUCCGUACAGAUAA